AUGGGAAGGCAGCUUCUAGGGUUAACUUGCGCCGACGCCGCGCGCACCGUCAUUGACCCGAAGCCAGAGGUGGAGUCUUCUGAUACGAUAGACAGUGUCAAAGGCAAGACCCGGGAGAAGCAGUACAGAAAGGACGGAUCUAGUCUGCUAUGCGCCGCGGCUACAGAUAUCCUCCUCAAGCCCGCGCCCGAAGCGGAGUCGACGUACAUGGUUGACAAUGUGAAGGCGAAGGUUCAGGAUAAGAAGUAUAGUAAGGGAGUAUCAAGGUUGCCUUUGCUUCCCCACUGUGCACCGCAUCCGCAAACCCCGAGCAUCGCAUCAUGGACAUUCCGCAUCACCUUAAUGUAUCACUCUUAG